UUUCCUUCAAUUGAUUGACAAACAAGUGUGGAUUUGUCUCUAAUUAAUCGAUAUUAUUGCUGUUUUUCUGCCAAAACUACCAAAUUUCCAGUUUUAAAAGUGUGCCCGAGUAUCCGAGGAACGACGAAAAAUGUCUACAACUGCGAUGAAUCAAGGCGCCGUGCCGACACAACAAUCUCCGCUACAGAAGCCUCCAAGCGGAUGGCCCAGAAAUGCAAAUAAACCGGCAGAAACUGUGAAACAAUACACGCCCGGCGGCUCUUUAACGCUCAAUCGCACCAUUAAUUUGUAUCCGCUCACAAAUUACACGUUUGGCACAAAGGAACCACUUUUCGAGAAAGAUCCCUCGGUUCCGGCGCGUUUUCAGCGAAUGCGUGAUGAAUUCGACAAAAUUGGGAUGCGUCGCAGCGUUGAAGGCGUUCUUUUGGUGCACGAACACGGAUUACCGCACGUUUUGUUGCUGCAAUUGGGCACGACGUUCUUCAAAUUGCCCGGAGGCGAGCUGAAUGCCGGCGAAGACGAAGUCGAGGGACUCAAACGACUACUCACAGAGACAUUAGGUCGUCAGGAUGGCAUCAAGGCAGAAUGGACCGUCGAGGAUACGAUCGGCAAUUGGUGGCGUCCCAACUUUGAGCCUCCGCAAUAUCCAUACAUCCCGCCUCACAUCACGAAGCCAAAGGAGCACAAACGUCUAUUUUUGGUUCAAUUACAUGAGAAGGCUUUGUUUGCGGUGCCAAAAAAUUACAAACUCGUAGCGGCGCCUCUGUUCGAGCUGUAUGACAACUCUCAAGGAUAUGGACCAAUAAUUUCGUCAUUGCCACAGGCUUUGUGUCGCUUUAAUUUUAUCUACAUGUAAAAUUACUGCGAUCCCGUGGAGGAGAAAUCGAAAAAAAAAUCUGACAAGUCACGAGAAUCUUAAUUUUCUCAUUAAAAAUUUUUCUUUGUCAAUAUAAAAAGUUUGUAGUAUUCAAGUGGUAAAUUUACUACAUACAAAAAAAAUUAUAAUUUAAGAAAAAUUGUAUAAUUUAGGUGUUUAACUUAACAUAAAAAAAUAAUUAAUUAAAUAAAAAAUC